AUGAGAGGAGAGGAGAGGCGGGUGGUGGGAAGCCAGGAGGAAAAACAUUAGCCCUCGUUUCUCCUCGUAGUUUGGAGACUUUCUUAUUUCUCUCCAGGACGUUUGUUUUUGGCGACGCGCAGCUCAGCAGCAGCAGCAGCAGCAGCAGCAGCAGCACGACUCACGACCGGUACAGUAUGAUGGAUAGAUAGCAGAAGGAGGAAGAAGAGAAGAUGUCGUUCUUUGGCGUGGAUUGUGUCAAGAAGAAAGAGAAAGAGCUGGAGAGGAAACUCCGCGCCAACGACCGCGAGUAUAACCUCUCCUUUAAGUAUGCGACGAACGCCAUCAAGACCUCCAAGUACAACCCCUUCACCUUCCUACCUCUUAACCUGUUUGAGCAGUUCCAGAGGAUCGCUAAUGCCUACUUCAUGUUUCUGCUGGUGCUCCAGGUGAUUCCUCAGAUCUCCUCUCUGUCCUGGUUCACCACGGUCGUACCUCUGGUCCUUGUGCUGACAGUCACCGCUGCCAAGGAUGCCACUGACGAUAUCAAUCGCCACAGGAGCGACAAUCAAGUCAACAACAGAAAAGUUCAAGUCCUUAUUGACAGAAAACUGCAGAGCGAGAAAUGGAUGGACGUCCAGGUGGGAGACAUCAUCAAGCUGGAAAACAACCAGUUUGUCACGGCCGACCUCUUGUUGCUCUCCAGCAGUGAACCGCUCAACCUGGUGUACAUCGAGACAGCAGAAUUGGAUGGAGAGACUAACCUGAAGGUGAGACAGGCGCUGCCCGUGACAGGAGACCUGGGAGAGGAUAGUGAAAAACUGGCAGACUUCAACGGCGAGGUACGCUGUGAACCCCCCAACAACCGCCUCGACCGCUUCACAGGAACGCUAACCUACACCAGUCAGAAAUACUCGCUGGACAACGAGAAGAUCCUGCUGCGAGGCUGCACCCUGAGGAACACCGAGUGGUGCUUCGGACUAGUGCUGUUUGGAGGUCCAGAGACGAAGCUGAUGCAGAACUGUGGGAAGAGCAUCUUCAAGAGGACCAGCAUAGACCGACUGAUGAAUGUCUUAGUCCUUUGUAUUUUUGGUUUCCUGGCCUUCAUGUGCACCAUCCUGGCGAUAGGAAACUACCUCUGGGAGAUGAACGAAGGCUCAAAGUUCAUGGUCUUCCUGCCCAGACAAGAUGGCAACGAUGCUGCCUUCUCCGCCUUCCUCACAUUCUGGUCCUACGUCAUCAUCCUCAACACCGUGGUGCCCAUCUCUCUCUAUGUCAGUGUGGAGUUCAUUCGGCUGGGGAACAGCUUCUACAUCGACUGGGACAGGAAGAUGUACUACUCACGGAAAGACACCCCCGCCGAGGCUCGCACCACCACGCUGAACGAGGAGCUCGGCCAGAUCAAGUACGUCUUCAGUGACAAAACGGGGACGCUCACCCAGAAUAUCAUGACCUUCAACAAGUGCACCAUCAAUGGAAAAUCUUAUGGGGAUGUGUAUGACUACCAAGGUCAAAGGCUAGAGAUCACUCAGCAUACAGACAAGGUGGACUUCUCCUUCAACCCGCUGGCUGACCCCCGCUUCAUGUUCCACGACCACGCCCUGGUGGAGGCGGUGAAGCUGGAGAACCCAGAGGUCCAAGCCUUCUUCAGGCUGCUGGCCCUCUGCCACACCGUCAUGGCCGAGGAGAAGAAAGAAGGUGAGCUUUUCUACCAGGCCCAGUCUCCAGAUGAGGGAGCGCUGGUAACGGCAGCCAGAAACUUUGGAUUUGUCUUCCGCUCACGUACACCAGACAGCGUUUCCAUCAUGGAAAUGGGAAAGCAGCGCAGCUAUGAACUCCUGGCCAUCCUGGAUUUCAACAACGUCCGCAAGAGGAUGUCCGUCAUAGUUCGGAGUCCAGAGGGGAAGCUGUCUCUCUACUGUAAAGGUGCAGACACAAUCAUUUACGAGAGGCUGCAUCAGUCCUGCAGCAAACUGAUGGACGUCACUACAGAGCACCUUAAUGAGUUUGCAGGGGAGGGCCUGCGGACUCUGGCGCUGGCCUAUAAGGAUCUGGAUGAGGAGUAUUUCAACCAGUGGAAGCAGCGCCACUAUGAGGCCAGCAUCGCGCUGGACGACCGAGAGGACAAACUGGACGAGCUGUACGAGGAGAUAGAGAAGGACCUGCUGCUGCUUGGAGCAUCAGCCAUCGAAGACAAGUUACAAGACGGAGUACCUCAGACUAUCGAGCAGCUGUCCAAAGCUGACAUCAAAAUCUGGGUUUUGACUGGUGACAAGCAAGAAACUGCAGAAAACAUCGGGUACUCGUGUAACUUACUGCGGGAGGAGAUGAACGAGGUCUUCGUCGUCUCGGGCAACUCACCUGAGGAUGUCAGAGAGGAACUGAGAAAUGCACUGUCCUGCAUGAAACCAGCGGAGGAUUCAGUGUUUCUGACAGAAAGGACUCUGGGUGAAGGAGUGAAAGGGAUCGCAGACGAGGUGGCAAAUGGAGAGUACGGCCUGGUCAUCAACGGACACAGCCUGGCGUACGCCCUGGAUCGCAGCAUGGAGCUGGAGUUCCUGAAGGCGGCGUGUAUGUGUAAAGCAGUGAUCUGCUGCAGGGUCACUCCUCUGCAGAAGGCGCAGGUGGUCGAGCUGGUCAAGAAGUACAAGCAGGCGGUCACUCUGGCUAUAGGAGAUGGAGCCAACGACGUCAGCAUGAUCAAAGCGGCUCAUAUAGGCGUGGGCAUCUCAGGUCAGGAGGGCAUGCAGGCGGUGCUGUCCAGCGACUACUCCUUCGCCCAGUUCCGUUUCCUGGAGCGCCUCCUGUUGGUGCACGGCCGCUGGUCCUACCUGCGUAUGUGCAAGUUCCUGCGCUACUUCUUCUACAAGAACUUCACCUUCACCUUUGUCCACUUCUGGUUCGCCUUCUUCUGCGGCUUCUCUGCGCUGACGGUGUACGAUGAAUGGUUCAUAACACUCUACAAUCUGGUGUACACAGCACUACCUGUACUAGGAAUGAGUCUGUUCGAUCAGGAUGUGAACGCUGUGUGGAGUUUCCAGCAUCCUCAACUCUAUGUUCCCGGUCAACUCAACCUGUACUUCAGCAAGAAGGCCUUCUUCAAGUGUGCCCUCCACAGCAUCUACAGCUCCCUGGUGCUCUUCUUCGUCCCCUACGCAGCCAUGCACGACACCGUGAGGGACGACGGGAGGGACGUCGCCGACUACCAGUCCUUCGCCCUCACCACCCAGACAUGUCUGCUGUUUGCCGUCACUAUCCAGUUGGGGUUGGAGAUGUCUUACUGGACAGCGGUGAACACUUUCUUCGUGUUGGGCAGUCUGGGCAUGUACUUUGCUGUCACGUUCACCAUGUACAGUGACGGAUUGUUUCUCACGUUGCCGUCAAACUUCCCUUUCAUAGGAGCAGCUCGAAACUCUCUGAACCAGCCUAACAUUUGGCUGACGAUCCUUCUCACCUCCAUCCUUUGUGUCCUUCCUGUGGUUACCUACCGCUUCCUGUUUAUUCAGCUCUGCCCCACCAUCAAUGACAAGGUGAUGUUCAAGGUGAGACAGGCCAAAGCAAAACUUCCCACUCCGACUCGACGCACCCGCAUGCGCCGCACCAGCUCCCGCCGUUCAGGCUACGCCUUCUCGCACGCGCAGGGCUACGGGGACCUGGUGACAUCUGGCCGGUUCCUGCGGCGUCCUGCUGUGUCGCGAUCUUCAGGUUUAGCCAACACGGGUCGCACCAACAUGGGUUUUAGUCCCAUUGGACGAUCGGCUGGGUACAGCCCAACAGGACGCCCCCAGAACACCAAGGUCCCGGAUGUGGAGGUGACGUCGCUGCAGAUGUACAGGACUAUCAGAGAUCCUGCCCUCUGACAGACUGCUGGUUAACUUCAAGAUGGAUGAUCUGGGAGAAGGAAUAAUCCUGACUGGACAGCUGUAUGCUGCAGGCAGUCGAAGGUGUUUUAAAGCUCCCAUUUAUACAUUUGUUACCAUGAAGAACUUGCUCGGGCUUUCCAGAGAGCUUCAUGUCAAAGAUGUUUCAUGAUCCAAUCAAAGGGAACUACAGCAAAAUGUGUCGCCACUUCUGAUGGGUCACUUUCCUAAGAUCGUGAGUGUUCAUGUAAAACAUGCCUCAUGCAGAGCCAACAGAUGAAAUCUUACACUAGAAACGGUAACGGGGCGAUUCACUUUCAGGAACAACCACAGAAGGGAAACAUUUUGGCUUCACCAGAAGGACAAAGUGUCAUCAUGUUUACAGACUACCCAGAUUUCCUUAACGCUGGGAGUCCAGAUGCACAGCAGGGCUUUAUAGAGAGGAUACAACCAGCAAAGCCAUUUUGCAUAGGAAUAUUUUCUAAUAUUUUGUACUUUUAAGUGUCUUUUUAAAGCAUUUUAUUAUCCUAUCUUGAAAGCUGUAGCACUUUGGCAGCGUCACAUAUUGGUGGGAGAUAACUGAAUGUUUGAAAGAUCAUGAAUGUGUUGCUCCCAACAAACGUUCAUCUUCUCGGUGGCUCGAACUCUCGCGAAAAGAAUGCUUCUGCAGGAGGAUUCAAGAUUCACCAUUUUGUUGGACAUUUUUUCUCCUUACAGUAUGUUUUGUUUCAUCACUUUCUGCUUCCUGAAAGAAUUUCAUGCAACUUAAAGGUGCUACUGAUCACAUUCCGACACUAGAUGUCCCACUCUCCCUCCCCCGUUCCAUUGCAUUCCCUUCACAACAAGUGGUUGCCAGUUCGUUGCACAACCUGCAUAUUUUAUGGUUAAGUGGACCAAGUGACUCAGACAGAUAGUCAUGUCAAGUGAUGAAUCUUUCGUGGUAGAUUAAUGAAGUCAUUUUACAAUAGAUUUAGGUUACUUUGUGCGGUGAUGUUUCAAGAUUCAUGUAACAUUAUCGAUGGUAAUCUGAGGAUAUGGCUAUCUAGUUUUAGGUAACGUUUAGCUUGUCAUCUAAGCAGUGGUGUAGUGCAGGGUAUAAAUUAUUUCUCAGUUGUCCGCCCUCUUCUAAAUCCCCAUUUAAUGUGCAUCUUCGUUAUACAUUGUUUGAGGGAACUAUAACGCUAGGUAACUGGACGCAACUGUCACUAAUUCUAAGAUGCUAACAUAGCUCCUCAGGGAUUGAAGCUGUUAUUUUUCUAAUUUUGACAAUCAAACCGGUGACACAUCAGUUAAGAUUGUAAGGAUUAUGGCUGUUGGUUUUGUUUAAAUAUGCCAAAUUGUAAUUUUAUGGGUUAUUGUUGUUCGGCCGAUUAAGCUAAGACCACUAAUAUGUGCUAACGUCAGUUGUCACUUGUUGCCACGGUUAAUAUUCACGUAUUCUGCGGCCUGAUGGAGACACCAGUGUCAAACUCCAUUUAUCCAUUAUUCCCACACUAACUGGCAACUUGAUCCCUUACGAUCCAGAGAUACCACAUGAUACCAAUGUUGUUAUUUAUUGGCUCACAAUAAGCCUUGGUAGAAGUGCGAAAGAAAAACGCACAUUUUCACCUCAUCAAACAGCAAGAGGACUAUACCGACUAUACAGGCUUCAAAACGUUGUCCGAGCGGUUUCCUGUAGGAAAAUCAACCACAUCUAUAGCUACCUGUUUUUAUCAUGCAGUACACACACUGCAAAGUUGACUGGAUGAUCCUUUAAUCCAUUCCUGGGUUCCUUUUAGUGCACUGCUUAGACAAUUCCCAUGAACUUUUUAAUCGUGCAGCAUGAAUCAUAAUGCUUUUAUACCCCAUUUUAAAAUCAGUUUAUCAGAUAGUGCAUCGCAUCAUGUGUAGUGAGAAAUUCAAAAUCAUAUAUUUGCUUUAGCAACAAGCUGUAUGUCUGACAAUCCACUUAUUAGUUAUUUAACCGUAUUUCUCCUCGUAAUAAAGCAGUGUAUCUUAGCUGUUAUCUGGCUUGUUUUCGACACCUUCCUCUCUUCAGCUCACUGAAAAUACUUUAUGAGACACAGAAGCUGUUUAAAAGAAAAGAAAAUUCUUAUAUUAUACAACGCAGAAACAACAAUGACAAGAAUGUUUGAUUAAAGAUAAGAAUGUUAAGAAAUAAGUUUAAUGCAACCCGGUCAAGUUUUUGUGUUACGUAAACAUAUUUUAGGUGUUAUUUUUAAAUGUCAUAUUUGCGGUAUUAUAUGGUAUGUGAAGGUUUAAAGAAUACUCCAAAUACAAUUGGUUUUAUAAUUAUGCACUAAUAAUAUUUGAUAGCUGCCCAUAUUUUCCAUGUCUUGUGGUAUCCAUGGAUAUGCAAUUACUGGUUUUAUCUACUGUUGAAUUCAAAACAUUAACUUGUUGAAGCAACUGUUUGAAUCUGAACAUCUGUUGCCACCAUGUGAUUUCGUCGGCUGUUGCCCAGAAUUGAAUGUACUAGCCCACUAAAACUGGUGGUGGUGAACCAAAUAUUUUUUUUAAGGCUCUUUGUGUGUCGUAGUUUACUCUAAAGUUACUGUGAAGUAAAAUGGUUAAAUCAGGAGGGACGAGUGAAUAAUUAAAAGAUAAUUGUUUAUUAUAACAAAUGAUGUGUGAAAAUAAAGUCUUGACAGAAAGUCUUUGGUGAUAUUGAUAACACGAUUGACAGCCCCAAACUAUGAGAGCAGGAAAUUAUGAGUGAAUGGCAGGAUAUAAUAUGAGAAAUAAACUACAGGCCUCAGCAUGUGAUAGAAUAGUCGUCCUGGCUGAACUUAUAGAACGUAUAUACCUGGUUAAAUAAAGGUAAAUAAAGCUUCAUUUCACCGGUCAGUGUGGUGAAGCUGGUUUGCACCACUGACAACUCAGUUAUAAUUUACUGUAAAGUGUUCUUUAUGGAAAUUAUGUCAAAGUUUGAAUAUGCAGAAGAAACAUUUACUGCAUGUUUGUAAAACUGUUGCUGUAAUAUUUGGAUCUCCACCCAAGUGUUUUACAUCAAGUUCAAAAUAAGUUUUGUUGUAUGUUUUCAGUGUUCUGAGGAUUUUUCUGGUAGCUACUCGUGUCAGAUGUUUCUAAUUUCAUCAUACUGGGGCCCGUUUCACAAAAGCAGUCUGCGAGUGAUGCUUACACACAGAUCACAGAUGGUGACAGCGUCACAUUUUGUCCAAAUCGCAGGUUGCAUUUAGCAGAUUUGGUGAAAUGAGCCCCUAAAUCACACUCAGCAGAGCUUUGUCUGCAGAAUCAAUUCAUUCAGAGUGGCCUCUACACAAUCCACUAAUGUCUGUUUGCAGUAUUUCUGUGAUACUUUCCAAAAUAAAUUGUAGCCAUGAUGAAAACUUUAGAUAUUUAUCCAUAUAUUACUGUCAUUAUAUCUCCAGCCCUGAAGACUGAAACUGUAACGAGGGAUUUUUGAUAACUAUUUCUCAGACAGUCAAAAAUAUCUAUUUUAAUCUCCGCUCUUCCUGUUAACCAUUUUGUAUCAUUUUGUACUUUAAAAAAAAGAAGGUUUUUACUGCAAUAAAAGGAUCUAAAAGAUCAAUGAUGUCU